CGUACUUAUCAAGUGAUAUGUCGGUGUGACGCAGAGACACCGCAAGAAGGCAUCGGGAAAAGUGAGAACAGACUUUCUCUCUCUUCUUUACCUUUUUUUUUUUAAUUUGAUUUUCUUUUGAGCUUGGCAGCUUUUUAUUCUACUGUUGUCGUUGAACGCCGAGCAUGAGAUGGAACAGCUAACCCUAGAAAUCAGUCCAAGACGCGCCGUCGUUUAAACUUUCUAUUUUGGUCUCUCAGUAGCCGCUAACUUCCACGACACGCCGUCGUUUCAACGACCUGUUUUCUUUCUCGUACCCCUUUAAUUCAAUCUCUGACUUCCCAUUUUCUACUGUCUCUCACUUUCGCUCUGUUCUUUGUUUUUUUUUUUUUGUUUAAAUAAAAAAACCUAAUUCCCUAAUUUGAACUCUCAAGUUAUCGAUCGGCUAAGCCUUUAAGAAGAAAUGUCGUCUCUUAAUAGAGAAUUAGUGUUUUUAAUUCUCCAGUUCCUCGAGGAAGAAAAAUUCAAAGAGACUGUUCACAGGUUAGAGCAAGAGUCGGGGUUCUUCUUCAACAUGAAAUACUUAGAAGAGAAAGCUCUCGCCGGAGAAUGGGACGAAGUUGAGAAAUACCUCUCUGGAUUCACUAAAGUUGACGACAAUCGAUAUUCAAUGAAGAUUUUUUUUGAGAUCAGAAAGCAGAAGUAUCUAGAAGCUUUGGACGGGCAUGAUAGAGCUAAAGCUGUUGAAAUUUUGGUGAAGGAUCUGAAGGUUUUUUCGACAUUUAAUGAAGAACUUUAUAAGGAAAUUACGCAACUUUUAACGUUGGAGAACUUUAGGGAAAAUGAGCAGUUAUCAAAGUAUGGUGAUACUAAAUCGGCUCGGAGCAUAAUGCUGGUUGAGCUUAAAAAACUAAUUGAAGAGAAUCCCUUGUUCUGGGAAAAGCUUGUUUUCCCUACUUUGAAGGCAUCACGAUUGCGAACUUUGAUUAAUCAAAGUUUGAAUUGGCAACAUCAGCUGUGUAAGAACCCUAGGCCUAAUCCAGAUAUCAAAACCUUAUUCACUGAUCACAGUUGCUCACCUCCAAAUGGGGCUCGUGCACCCACUCCAGUAACUCUUCCAGUUGCAGCAGUUGCUAAGGCUUCAACGUUUGCUUCACUUGGAGCGCCUGGUGGACCUUUUCCAUCAUCAGCAGCAGCUGCUGCUGCAAAAGCUAAUGCUUUAGUCGGCUGGAUGGCAAAUGCCAAUCAUUCCUCAUCAGUCCAACCUGCUGUUGUUGCUGCUUCUGCUUCAUCAUUGCCUGUUUCUCAAAAUCAAGUUUUGAAACAUCCGAGAACACCAUCAAAUACACUUGGAAUGAUUGAGUAUGGAAGCACUGAUCAUGAGCAAUUAAUGAAACGGUUGCGGUCUGCACAAUUUGUUGAUGAGGUCACAUAUCCUCCUCCUCCUCAACAAGCUUCAUGGUCACUUGAUGACCUACCCAGAUCUGUUGCUUGUGCCAUUCACCAGGGGUCCAAUGUGACAAGCAUGGAUUUCCAUCCUUCUCAUCAUACGUUACUUACUGUCGGUUGUAGCAAUGGCGAAAUUUCCUUAUGGGAAGUUGGCAUGCGAGAGAGGUUGGUGUCAAAGCCAUUCAAGAUAUGGAAUAUGUCUGCUUGUUCAGUUCCAUUUCAGGCUAAUUUUGUUAAAGAUUCGUCCAUAUCUGUAAGCCGUGUAGCUUGGAGCCCAGAUGGAAAUUUGAUUGGAGUUGCAUUUACGAAACAUCUUGUUCAUUUGCAUGCGUAUCGAGGGUCUAAUGAUCUACGUCUACAUCUAGAGAUUGAUGCCCAUGUGGGUGGUGUAAACGACUUAGCUUUCUCUCAUCCAAACAAAAAACUCUGUGUUGUUACUUGUGGAGAUGAUAAGUUAAUAAAGGUGUGGGAUUUGGCCGGAAAUAAGCUUUUUCAUUUUGAAGGCCACGAGGCGCCUGUUUAUUCUGUUUGUCCUCACCAGAAGGAAAAUAUUCAGUUUAUAUUUUCAACUGCUGUUGAUGGCAAAAUCAAGGCGUGGUUGUAUGACAAUAUGGGCUCAAGGGUUGACUAUGAUGCUCCUGGACAGUGGUGUACCACAAUGCUCUACACUGCUGAUGGUAGUAGAUUAUUCUCUUGUGGGACAAGUAAGGACGGGGAUUCAUUUUUGGUUGAAUGGAAUGGAAGUGAAGGAAAAAUAAAGAGGUCAUAUUCUGGUUUUAGAAAGAACUCUACUGGUGUAGUACAGUUUGACACAACAAGGAAUCACUUUUUGGCUGUUGGUGAUGAUAGCCAGAUUAAAUUUUGGGAUAUGGACAAUACAAAUAUUCUCACGAGCACUGAAGCUGAGGGGGGACUUCCGAGUCUUCCCCGAUUGAGAUUUAACAAGGAAGGAAAUUUACUUGUUGUUACUACAGCAGACAAUGGAUUCAAGGUUCUUGGAAAUUCCAAUGGUCUUAGAGCAUUAAGGGCAAUGGAGGCUCGAUCUUAUGAAGCAUCUAGAACACCACUUGAGAUGAAGGUAUCUAGUUCUGCUAUGGGUACAAGCAUCAGUCCAGUUGUUAGCAAAGUAGAACAUGUAGACAGUCCUGCCAGACCUACUCCUAUUCUUAGUGGAAUUGAACCAGUGAGUAGAGGCAUUGAAAAGCCAAGAAAUUUGGAGGAUGUGUCAGAUAAAACCAAAACUUGGGAACUAACCGUGAUUGUUGACCCUACUCAAUGUCGAACAGUCACCAUGCCGGGCAACCUAGAUACUACUAGCAAGGUUGCUCGACUUCUUUACACAAAUUCCGGUGUCGGGGUUCUUGCUCUUGGAACAAGUGGGGUCCAAAAGCUAUGGAAAUGGAGUCGCAGUGAACAAAAUCCUACUGGCAAGGCCACUGCUAGCAUUGUUCCACAACAUUGGCAACCAAAUAGUGGUCUUCUUAUGACUAAUGAUGUCCCAGAUAAUACUGAAAAUGCAAUUCCAUGCAUAGCAUUGUCAAAGAAUGACUCCUAUGUAAUGUCUGCAUGUGGUGGACAGGUUUCGGUGUUUAAUAUGAUGACAUUCAAGGUAAUGAUAACUUUUAUGCCACCUCCUCCAGCUUCAACCUUCCUGGCAUUUCAUCCUCAAGAUAAUAAUAUCAUAGCGAUAGGAAUGGAAGACACAGCCAUCCAUAUUUACAAUGUCAGGGUGGCUAAGGUCAAAACAAAAUUGAAAGGUCACGAAAAACACAUCACUGGUUUAGCAUUUUCCAACAGCCAUAACAUCCUGGUUUCUUCUGGUGCUGAUGCUCAGCUUUUCUUUUGGAACGCUGAUAACUGGGAAAAGAUAAAAUCAGUUGCACUUCAACUGCCAACACGAAAGGCCCCUCAGGGUGACACUCGAGUGCAAUUUUACUCUGAUCAAGUUCGCUUGUUAGUGUGCCAUGAAACACAACUUGCUGUAUAUGAUGCUAACAAGAUGGAACAAAUGCGGCUGUGGAUGCCACAGGAAGUACUUUCUUCACCUAUAUCUAGUGCAGCAUGUUCCUGCAAUAGCCAACUAGUUUAUGCUACUUUUACUGAUGGGAACAUUGGAAUAUUCGAUGCUGAUAGUUUGAGGCUCAGAUGUCGUAUUGCCCCAUCUGCGUAUAUCUCUCCCGCAUUGUCAAACAGCCAAACUGUACAUCCACUUGUUGUCACGGCACACCCACAGGAAGCCAAUCAGUUGGCCGUGGGACUGACAGACGGCUCUGUGAAAGUUAUAGAACCCUCAGAGGCGGAAAGGAAGUGGGGACUGCCUGUGCCUGUCGAUAACGGAGCAGAGAAUGGCAGGAUGGCAACAUCAUCCACCAAUAACACUUCUGAGCAGCUGCAGAGAUGAAAAUUAACAUCCCUUUUGCUUCGUAAUUUGUAAAUCAUCCAUGAUAUUGCAAAAUUUGUGGUUUGUCCAUUUUUAUGUGUCUAAUUAUAUGUGUUUGAGCAUAGGGAAAAAAUGUUAGAUCAAAUGAGCAAAGAUAUAAUCAUGCAUGUAUAUUGGACGCUAAUCUCUCUGAUAAAUGUGACAGUCGAUUGCCGUUUCAAAUGAUUGGGAAGACUUCAAAUUCAACGCUUCCCAGUUCCCAUAUACUAACUGGCAGUGCUUUCAAAACGACUGGUAGUUCUUGAAGAUAUAUCAAUGGUGCAAUGACAAAGACAAUGUACGACAUAUAUAUUUCUUGUAAGCUAAUGGACUCAGCAGCAGCAGCAGCAGCUGCAAAUGUCGAAGACUUAAUCACUGAUUGGAGCAAAAAAGGAAGUUGAGAAUAGUGCUGUACUUUGUGGGAAUUGCACAAUUGCCAUUAUGGUGAGGUGAUGAAGUUUUAGUUUGUUGCAUAAUCCAACAGAUGAAUGUCCCUUUUAGUCGAAAACAGAUUUUGCAAGAGUUAGAAGGCAAGGCAUUGGAGAGAGCAGGGCUGGUGAAAGAUGGCUUGCUGCAACUGGAGUAAUCAAGGGACAUUUACUUGGAGAAAUGGAAAUGUCGUGAAGAAUAAGAGAUGGAUUGAAGAAAGAAAAAAAGAGCAUUUGGCUUGUUAUGUCCUAGUCGUCCAAUCGAUCAAUAUCUUGACCGUCAAUGUUGGCGAUCACCUUAAUUGAUUUAACACUUGAUCAAUAUCAGAUAAGUUAAUUGAUCAUGUCAACACUAACUCGUUAUAAAAGGUAAGG